AUGUACCCUGGGGCAUUGUGGGUGGCCCUGCCCACACUGUCCCUGCUGGCCUGCUCCCUGCAGGGGAAGCCGUUACAGAGCUGGGCAAGGGUGUCUGCGCAGGGAAACACCCGCAACUUUCUGGAAGAUCCUGGAGGAGGGCGGCAGGAGGGCACUUUUGAUCUGAAGGUGUUCCUGGAGAACAUGAAGGUGGAUUUCUUACGCAGCCUCAACCUGAGUGGGGUCCCCUCCCAGGAUAAAACCAGACUGGAGCCGCCACAGUACAUGAUCGACCUGUACAACAGGUACACCGCCGACAAGUCUUCCACCCCAGCCUCCAACAUCGUGCGGAGCUUCAGCGUGGAAGAUGUUGUGUCUACAACUGCCACAGAGGACUUGCCAUUCCAGAAACACAUUCUUCUCUUCAACAUCUCCAUCCCCAGGCAUGAGCAAAUCACCAGGGCUGAGCUCCGUCUCUAUGUCUCCUGUCAAAAUCACGUGGACUCAUCUCAUGGGCUAGAAGGAAACAUGGUCAUCUAUGAUGUGCUGGAUGGAGAAGAUGCCUCAGGGACCAAGACCUUUCUGGUGUCCCAGGACAUUCAGGAUGAGGGCUGGGAGACCUUGGAAGUGUCCAGUGCUGUGAAGAGAUGGGUCAGGGCAGAUUCCACAAAGAGCAAAAAUAAGCUCGAGGUAACUGUGGAAAGCCAUAGGAAGGGCUGUGAUACAUUGGACAUCAGUGUCCCUCCAGGUUCCAAAAACCUUCCCUUCUUUGUCGUCUUCUCCAAUGACCGCAGCAACGGGACCAAGGAGACCAGGCUGGAGCUUAGGGAGAUGAUUGGCCAUGAGCAGGAGAGCAUCCUUAGGAAGACACCUAAGAAAAACUACAGGGAGGCAGGUGAGAACCAGGAGGAUGAGGAGGAAGAGGAGGACGUGGACGGCCACAUGGUCACAGGUUUGUCUUUAGCCAGACGGAAGAGGAGCAUAGGGGCCAGCAGCCACUGUCAGAAGACCUCGCUAAGGGUGAACUUUGAAGACAUUGGCUGGGACAGCUGGAUCAUUGCACCCAAGGAGUAUGAUGCCUAUGAGUGUAAAGGUGGCUGCUUCUUCCCCCUGGCCGAUGAUGUGACACCGACAAAGCAUGCCAUUGUGCAAACCCUGGUGCAUCUCAAGUUCCCUACAAAGGUGGGCAAGGCCUGCUGUGUGCCCACUAAACUGAGUCCCAUCUCCAUCCUCUACAAGGAUGACAUGGGGGUGCCCACCCUCAAGUACCACUACGAGGGGAUGAGUGUGGCAGAGUGUGGGUGCAGGUAG